UAAUAAAGUAAUAUAGAAACUUUACAUAAAAGCUACUUUUGAUUUAAGGAUUAGAUUUCACGAAGUAUCUAUUUGGGCUCUUCAGUUUUAGUUUGCAUUUAAUUCAUAUUUUUAUGCCAAAUUUCUUAGUACAUAUUUGAAAAAUAACAAUGGCCAGACUAGUUACUAGUAAGGGUAUUCGUUCAUUUGUCUGCUGCUCCUCUAGUGGUCGCAAUGACUUUUGUUCUGAAAAUCCAGAGCGGAAGCUGUGCACGCGGCUCGACGCUGUUUGUGUUGUUGAGGUAAAAGGCCCCCAAAAGAGCCGAUAACGACCCGUUUCCUUCAUCCCGAGGUUCUCCGGGUUCUUUUCUGCAGCACAGGUGCGUCUUAACCGGCAGGUGAAGCAGCAUGAAGCUGCGGGUUCGAAUCCAGCGGCAGACCAGCAGGCUGGAGGUCCAGGGAGAGGCGCCCACCCUGCAGGAGCUGGCAGAGCUGAUCCGGCAGACGCUGCUGCCGUCUCACGGACUCAGCGCCGACACGGCCUUCGGACUGUCCCUGAACGGCUCGGAUCUGCUGUCCGACUCCGCCCAGACCCUGGUGUCCUGCGGCAUCGACUCUGGAGAUCUGAUCUGGGUCCUGCUGCCCCCGUCUGCAGCUCCAGAGACCAGCGCAGUGACCGAUGCUCAGCAGAGCUGCGGCUCCGCCUGCAGCUCCGCCCACAGCCAGCCGCCUGGCAGCAUCGAACCCGCGGGCUCGGCCCAGCCAGACGCUGACCCGGCGCCGCUCUGGGAGCCCAUCCUGUGCAGCGAGGCGGAGGACGGUCAGGCCCCCCUGUCCCUGGACCUCCUCUACCACACGGCGCAGGUCAGCUGUCCUGACGACGCCGUGGUGGUGGCGUCGCACGUUCUCAUGCUGGAGGCCGGCUUCACGUCGCAAGGCUGUGCGAUGAAGCCUGCUGAAAUGCCGGCAGGGUGGAGGUCCAGCGCCACCACCUACAGGCUGCAGUACACUCACCCUCUGUGUGGCAGCAGCUCUGCCUCCGUGGUGGGCGUGGUCAUGGGCCCCCAGCUCGUCGUCAACGCCACCCUGAAGGUUCUAGAGAAUGUGGGUUCGGUCCGGAAGCUCCAGUUGAAGGCGUCCAGCUUCGUGACUCAGGAGUGGGCAGGGGGAAGUGCCGCCGCGGCCUUCAAGGACCUCCGAAAGCUGUCCCGCGUCUUCAAAGACCAGCUGGCCUACCCUCUGAUCGCCGCCGCCAGAGAAGCCAUGGCUCUGCCCUGGGCGUUCGGCCUGCAGGCCCUCCCUCCAGAGCUUCUCCUCAGGGUGCUCCGCCUGCUGGACGUGCGCUCGCUUCUCAGGCUGUCCGCCGUCUGUCGACUUCUGAACGCCGCAGCAGCAGACUCCUCGCUGUGGAGACACCUGUACCGCCGUGAUUUCCCAGGUUCUGGUGGAAACAGAUCAAAUGACUCGGACUGGAAGGAGCUCUACAAAACGAUGUUUGUCUUUCGCUCUGAAAGCCGCCGCAGCGCCACCCGACUGAUGACCCCUCCUAUUGGCCAUCACAUCUUUCAUCCUUUGCCCCGCCCCUUCCCCCCUGUGCCAGGCAUUAUUGGGGGGGAUUAUGACCAAAGACCCAAUCUCCCGCACGGCCUCCUGCCCCGCCCCCGACACGACCCCAUUGGGCCCCUUUCAGACCCCCUUGGUCGACCGCUACCCCGGUUCAGAUCAUUUGGGGGCAAGGCAGCCGACAUCCGGCGGGGUUUCAUCUGAACAUUGAAUCCUGGAAGGAACGCCAUGACCACACGUGGGGGGUGUGGCCUCCAUGUGAGAGCCCCGUGAUCCAAAGAAGAAAUGACACUGUGCUGGAAAGCUUGAUUUAUUAUUAUUUUGGUUUUUUUUAUAAACAGCUGAAGACCAGUGUGAAACAA